AUGUCGGGAAAAGUGUGCGUGUUGUGGCUGCUGGUGAUGACCACCGUCGGGAUCUCGCUUGCCAUCCCGAUCCAGAACUCUGGCGCUGGUGCCGGGGUCGAGAAACAAGUCCAGCCGACACAGCUGGAAGCGGUGGACAGCCAGGUGUUGCAAGCUGUGGCUAGUGACUCCGAAGUGGAUCGCAACAAGCGGCAGCUGGGCUUCGGUGGUAUCGGCAUCGGUCUCGAACUGUUCGGAGGUGGCUUCGGAGGGGGUGGCUUCGGAGGAGGUUACGGUGGUGGGCCCUUCGGUGGUUACGGUGGUGGACCCUAUGGAGGCUUCGCAGGACCCUAUGGAGGCUUCGCAGGACCCUAUGGAGGCUUCGCAGGACCAUAUGGAGGGUAUUCGAACGGCUAUGAAUACGGCUACGGGUCGGGAUACAACAACGGGUUCUUCGGUUAA